UAGAAUCCAAGUAUCGAACAUGAUUUCCAAUCUUAUACGUGACGCAAUCACGAGAAACUGAAAAAUCUGUUUCCCCUAAAUGUCUAGGGUUUCCUAAAGGGUUUCUCCUGGAUCGCGACUCAAUAAAUUCGUAAUUCGGUUCCAAUUUCGGUCUUUUAGGGUUACGAUUGUCUAUGAUAUUCUGGACUGGGCGUUGGAUUCCUUGAUUAGGGUUUUUUGCUGGUUUCGCAUGAUGGGAUUUCCUGAAUUGGCGUGUGGUGUUUCGAGAUUUUGGGUGAUUAGGGCCUGUUCGAUGCUCAGUUAACUUAGUUUUCACAAGUGGGGCUAGAUUUUUGAGGAAGUUCUAAGUUUUAGGGGGUUUUUUUUUUUCCGUAUUUUAAUUGGCUGUGACUGGUAUUUGAGGGCAUUCGCCGGUUUUUAAUUCGUGUACGUGCAGCCAGGAGGUUUGCUUUUUAGGGAUUUUGGUAAUGGCUUCGCACGGGGAAGAGGAGCUCGAGUAUGAGAGUGAUCCGGAAGAUGCCAAGCGUUCGCCGGCCAUGCGUAGGCGACAAGCAGCCAGUGAUGAUGAGGAAGGGGAAAGAGAAGUAAGCGAGGAGAAGCCCAUCAUGCAUCAUAGGGCUCCAAUGCAUUCGGAUGAAUCAGAUAGUCAGGGUGGGGCUGCAGAUUAUGACGAACAUGAUGAAGAAGAAUAUGUGGAAGAGGAGGAAGAGUACAUAGACGAUGACGAAGGGGAAGAUGCCUAUGAAGAAGAGGAGGAAGAGAUAAAUGAUAGGGAGGGAGAAGUUGCGGAGGGUAAGGAGAUGAGUGAAGAAAGAGUAAGUGGUGCUGGUAUUGGCACUUGGGGUGGUGCUAAUGCUGCGGAUGUGGAUGUGCAGAAUGAGAUGCAAGGUAAUGCAACGAGGAAUGUUGAGGAGGUUGCAGCAGCUGUUCCUGCAGAGAAUCAUGUUGAGGAAGAGGAAGACAAGAAGGAGAAUGAGCCUUUUGCUGUGCCAACUGCUGGUGCGUUUUACAUGCAUGAUGAUCGCUUUAGGGACAAUGCUGCUGCUAGACACGGGCGAACAUAUGGGGGAAGAAAGUUGUGGGAGUCGAAAGAUGACAGGAAAUGGGGGCAUGACAUGUUUGAGGAGAUGUCUACGAAGGAAAGGCAUUAUGAUGAGGGAAGGAGGACUUCUAGAGGUUAUCGAGCUCGUGGUAAAAAUCACGGUCCAGAUCAUGUGUAUGAUAGAGGAAAUAGGUCUAAAAUGCACAACAACAGUAAUAGUAAUCAGAUCCAACCAAAGGGUGUGAAAGGAAGAGGACCCAGAAGGUAUGAGCCAAAUUCAAAGCAUAGCAAUCAGUCACAUCCUAUGCAUAACAAACAAUAUGGAAAGCUUGUGGAGAGAACUUCACAUACCAGUUCAGGAAAAUCCUUCACGUCCACAUCAAAUGCUGAUCCUGAACCACCUCCUAGAAAACAAGUGUUUGCAUCUAGUUUGAGUUCUGCUUCUCCUCCUUUUUACCCUUCAGGUGCUUCUAAUAAAGAUGUUGCCCUGGCACACAAAAGAGAUCUGCAAACUGGAAGUACCAGCAGGAGCAAUCACCCUACUGGAAUCAAUGGCAAAGCAUUAUUUCGGGGAAAGAAAGUAGCUGAUUCUGUUGGCAUGGAGAAGCUCUAUAUUGACGACUCCAUGAAUGCUGCAUCCGGUAAGCCUUUGCCAAACCUGCAGGCGCCACCAUCUGUAUCUUCACUGGUCAAUACUGUGAAACCUUCUCGGUCCGGGGUUCAGGGUAGGGGUGUGGCUGUCCAAGGACAGACGACCCAUCAAUCAUCGCCAUCUUCCAACCGAGUCAGUGUUUCUUCUCCGAUGCGACCCCAUACUGCUCAGAGAGGUACUAUUCAAAACCGAGGCCAACCUUCUGGUCAGCAGUUGGGCCAGCGCUCUGGUAGUGGAUCUCAAGCAUCAUCUCCUCCAAAAACUGCAACAUCUAUGAGUUCAUAUGAACUUGGAGAAGUGGAAUCUUCCUCAGAAUCAAAUAAAUCUAAAAUUGCAGUUGUUGGAAAGGCGAAAGGCAAUAUUCAAGGGAAUGGAUGGGGCUCUUUCAUGUACAGUGGAGCUCAGGUUAUGGGAGCCACGGGGAGUAUGGCUGUGGGUCGUGGUGAUCAAAACUUCCCGGCAUCCCAAGGCUUCCUGCCAGUUAUGCAAUUUGGGGGCCAGCAUCCUGGUGGGAUUGGAGUUCCUGCUGUCGGCAUGGCGUUUCCUGGAUAUGUUGCUAAUCCAAAUGGUUUGGGAAAUUCUGAAAUGACGUGGUUACCUGUUUUGGCUGGAGCUGCUGGAGCAUUGGGGGCUUCUUAUUGUCCCCCUUAUAUUUCUGUGGAUGGGGCUUAUCAUGCUCGUCCAUCUGGGCAAACAUCUUCCAUGGGAUCCUCAAGCAAGGACAAUCAUUCUAAUAAACCUAAUAAUGACUGGAAGUCGUCUCAGAGGCCAGAGCCUAUGAAUGAUGAGUUCUUGCAGAGACAAAAUAAGCCUCCUCGUAGAUACUCGGAGAUGAACUUUAGCCAGUCAAAUUCUUAAAUUGGAUGAAGCCUAUUGAAUAAGCAGAUAUAGAUCAAUGUCUGCCCAGUUGAGCAUUUGGCUUUUGGGGUGUUGCAAAAAUUGUUAGUGUGAUUUGUUGGUGAUCCAGGCCUUCCUCCAGGCCCUUUGUGUUCUCCAGAUAUUGUUCUGGAGCACUUUGGGCUGCGUAUGUUUCAUAAUCUUUUAGUUAUAUAAACAAACACCUGUUCCUGCUGUGCUCAACUCAAGAUCGUAAUUUUGUGGCUUGGCGGCUGGUAGUUUCUUGUUUAAUCGUGCGGUUUUCUUGUUGCUUGGUUUUUUGGUGAAGCUUCUAAGAAAUGUGAUGUGGGCUGCUUCUGAAACUAUAUAUCUGGAGAUUUGUCAAAGAACAAAAAUUAAUGUGCAUAAUCGGGAGAGAUUAGGUUUUUUGUUGAAACCAGAUGGCUUUUUUCUUUUCUUUUCUUUUUGUUUUUUAAGAAGACCUGGACCUUAUCUUUGUGAUUUAUGAGUAUUAGUCUUGUACUGGAAAUUCCUUUAUGAGGUGAUUAUGGGAUGUUGAGGCAAUGGAAUGCUUGCAGUGAUUUUAUAAUUCUCCCGUUUAUUUGUUAUGAUGAAAUGGUCAUAUAAUAAAAGUUUGUAUGCUUUUCUCUUCA